AUGGCUUCAAAACUACGCCAGACUGCCCUGGCAUACAUCGAUGGAUUCAGAACCCUCUCGCCAGAAACUUUCCUCUCGAUACUGGCCCCCUCGGCCGAACACAAGUUCGCCCCCGCAUCUCUCAACCUCCCGCAUUCCAUGGACGCAGCCGCAUUUGCCCAACAUCUAGGAAGCCUACGAGAAGUUCUAGCUAGCUUCCCUGUCUUUCCCAAGGAAAUUUUUGAAAAUGAAGGCCUGAGCCAAGUGACGAUCUGGGCGACUAGUGAAACUAUCUUCCACGAGAAAGCAAAGGGCGAUGAUUUCUCUUCCGAGGACUGGAAAUUCCAUGGUGAAUAUAUCUUUAUCUUGACGAUGGACGACUCUAGAGAGAAAGUUGUUCAGAUUAUUGAGUUUUUGGAUAGCAAGGCUACGGAGCGAUUGAGGGGAUUGAUGGCUCGAGCGCGCAAGAACUUGAAUGUGAAGAAAGAGUAG